AUUAGAGUCACCAACUCCCUCUCCCAACUCUCUCCAGUCUCCCUCUUUCAACCCGCCUUGGUUUUCCUCUUGCCGCACCAACACCGAGGUCGUCGGCGUUUAUAUAAAUCAUGGGGAAACGAAAGAAGUCCUCACGCAAACCUCAAGGCCCCAAGAAACGCGAGCCCCUCGCCUCGACCUUCACCUGUCUCUUCUGCAACCACGAGAAAGCCAUCCAAGUCAAACUGGACAAGAAAGCCGGCGUGGGUAACCUACACUGCAAAGUAUGCGGGCAGAGGUUUCAAACCGGUAUCAACUACCUGAGCGCCGCUGUCGAUGUUUACUCCGACUGGAUCGACGCCUGUGAAGAUGUGGCAAAGACUGCGGCGACAAAGGAGGCCGAGGAGGAUGCCAAGUUCAGCAGUUAUGCAACAUCCGGCCGAGCCGGCGCGGGAGUUGGAGUCGCCGGCGGAGGCGCCGAUGAAGAAGACGACGAUGCCGAUUAUGGCGACGAGUGAUUCCUCCCGGCGUGAGCGCGACGAGGAGUGUCUUUGCUCUGUUCCUGCAAGGCAUGGCGUAGGGUGGGGGUUUUUUUUGGAAGGGAAAUUAUCUUGAUAUUAUUAAAGAGGAUGGGAAUAUCAUUUGGGCAAAAUGGAGGUAUCAUAGGUCACCCUUGGCACAAAGCAAUAUUCACGGAAAAUGACUGGGAAAGGGUGGUGAUGCCCGAAGCAAAAAGGGUUGGAGGAUAUGCCAUGGAGCAUAUGAGGAAACGCUCUAUCGGCUACGAGAUAUGCCAUUUGGCCAGAAGUAGAGCCGACGUAUUUGGGUAUAUCGCAUGACUGACACAAUUUCCUUCCAUCAGUUCACGAACAUAGGGUGUAGUCCCUCAUUGUCUUCGCCCCGGGAAUUCCAGUCGCGCAGUGACUCG